GAAAUUCAAAACAAUGGUGAACUUACACUUAAUAUACUCGAUUUUAAGGCCGUGGGUGAUGGAUCCUCGGACGAUUCCAAAGCACUUGCGGAUGCAUGGGAGGCUUUAUGUCGUGGAAAGGAGGCUACAGGCAGUGCAAAGCUAAUUAUACCAAAAAAUAAAACAUUUUUGGUAAAGCCUUUGAGAUUGGAAGGUCCAUGCAAUUCUUCCUCUCUCAUUUUCCAGAUAGAAGGAAAGAUUAUUGCACCGGGAGAACCACAUAAGACGGCGGACGGUUGCUGGUUAUGUUUCAUUUACGUCAACAAUCUCUCCAUCAACGGAAUGGGAACAUUUGAUGGCAAAGGUGAAGCUUGGUGGGGCAAAGGGGCUGCUGCCGGAGACCGACCAUCAGCACUUGGAUUCCACGGGUGCAAAAACCUUGAAAUAAAUGGGACAACACACAUGAACAGUCCGCGGUCUCACAUUGAAGUGGAAAAUUGCAAUAACGCAACCAUAUCUAACGUCAAUAUUAUUGCCCCUAAAGACAGUCCAAACACCGACGGUGUCAUCAUUGCUCUGUCCAAACAUGUAUCUGUCUUAAAAUCUUCCAUCGCUACCGGUGACGAUUGCAUUUCGAUCAAGAACGGAUCCUACAAUAUAAAUGCCAUGGAUGUAAAAUGUGGACCAGGUCAUGGGAUCAGUGUGGGAAGUCUAGGAGUAGGUGGAUCCUUCGAGACCGUAGAAUACGUACACGUACGGAGCUGUAGCUUCACCAACACCCUCAACGGUGCAAGGGUCAAGACUUGGGCGGGAGGAGCAGGGUAUGCGAGGAACAUACUGUUCGAGGACAUCACAUUAUCAAAUUCUGGGAAUCCCAUAAUCAUUGACCAACAUUAUUGCAAUGGUCCUCACAUUUGUCCUGAAAAGGGAAAAGCAGUGGAAGUGAGCAAUGUGACGUUUAGGGGAUUCCAUGGAACGACAGCAACAGUAGAAGCAAUAACAUUGGAUUGCAGUAAGACUAAGAUAUGUUCGGAUAUUCACAUAGAACACAUCAAUAUCACAUUGUCUCCUUCGUCUUCUUACACUGACAAAGACAUUAGGGUUUCUUGUAACAAUGCUCGUGGAACAGCUUCUGGUCUUAUCUCCCCUUCCGAUGUUCCAUGUUUUCAUCAACCUCCUUCACCAUCACCUUCCUAUCAAGAUGAUGAUGACGAUGAUGAGUUCUUCAUGUGA